CAAACUGCUGCACUGCCAUCUCCUUGUGAGUGGGACUGGGAGCACAGCUGUACAUCAAGCCCAAAGCAUCUCGCAGCAAGUAGACAGAGACACCCAAAAAUCAUCAUUCCUCACAAGGCCCCAGGCAUGGAAGAGCUGAUAUGGGAACAGUACACUGUGACCUUACAAAAGGAUUCGAAACGAGGAUUUGGGAUUGCAGUUUCUGGUGGCAGAGAUAACCCUCAUUUUGAAAAUGGUGAAACAUCGAUAGUCAUUUCAGAUGUUCUCCCAGGUGGUCCAGCAGAUGGAUUACUUCAGUAAGCAAUUUCUUAUUUCUUUGUCUGGCAUAUUUUGAGGGGCAUGGCUGUAGACUUUAUGUAUAACCUUCAGACAGGCUUGGUUGAAAUCCUGGUAGUGAAAAGACCAAGGAAAGUGCAGGCUGCUGGGUUGAAAAGAAGCCCUUCCCUUGACUCAGAGGACAGAGCUUUAGAUGUAAUGGAUGACCAUGCAGAAUUUGAUGGCAAAAGCGCUCGAAGUGGCUAUAGCGACAGAAGCUGGCAUAGCGGUAAUGACGGGCGCAGCCAAAGCUGGGGAAACAGCCUGGAUCAGAGCUAUAGAGAUGAGCAAGGCAGAGGGCGUAACCGAAGCAGAGACCGUGACAGGGAAUGCAGCUACAGCCAUGAUCGAAGUCGUGGUAGGAGUGUUGACAGGAGCUUGGAUCGAGACUAUAGAAGAGAUCGGAGCAGGGGAAGGAGCAUCGACAGGGAUGGUGUCUAUGAACGGGACUACAGAGGAGACUACAGCCCACCCAGUUAUAGUCAUGGAUCUCAACCUGAUCGUAGAUAUGGGAGGGAAGUGAGGAGUCAAAGUCGGGACAGGCUUCAUUCCCGAAGUCCUUCGCCUGACAUACACCAUCAACAUGAGUACCUAGGACCGCAGGAUCAGAAUGAACCCAUCAGUGUUCUCUUAACAAAAGGCAGACAUAAUGAAGAAUACGGUCUCCGGCUUGGAAGUCAGAUCUUCAUAAAAGAAAUGACCCGUACUGGCCUAGCAACCAAAGACGGCAACCUUCAUGAAGGGGAUAUCAUUCUCAAGAUCAAUGGUACAGUGACAGAAAACAUGUCUUUAGCUGAUGCCCGAAAAUUGAUUGAGAAGUCACGGGGGAAGCUCCAGCUGGUUGUCCUCAGGGACAGAAAGCAGACACUGCUCAACAUUCCUUCAUUGAACGACAGUGACUCAGAAAUGGAUGAUGUUUCUGAAAUAGAGUCAAACAGAUCAUUCUCCCCUCACGAUGACAGAUUACAUCAUUCUGAUCUAGAUUCACAUUCAUCCAAUGAAAAGCUGAAAGAGAAACCAAACGCAAAAGAUGAUCCAUCCAGUAGGAUGUCCAGGAUGGGAGCAAUGCCUACACCAUUCAAAUCAACUGAUGACAUUGCUACUCCUGCUGUUACAGUUGUAGACACAAACAAAGAGCUGAAGUACCAAGAUGAUGCAGCAGUGUCUCAACCAAAAGCAGUUACAAGAACGAUUCUUAAACCCAGCCCUGAAGAUGAAGCAAUCUAUGGUCCUAAUACGAAAAUGGUGAGAUUCAAGAAAGGGGACAGCGUGGGUCUACGACUGGCUGGUGGAAAUGAAGUAGGGAUAUUUAUUGCUGGAAUUCAAGAAGGCACCUCAGCUGAUCAGGAGGGACUGCAGGAAGGAGAUCAGAUUCUUAAGGUAAACACUCAAGACUUCAGAGGCAUUGUUCGGGAAGAUGCUGUUUUGUAUCUCUUAGAAAUUCCCAAAGGUGAAACAGUGACAAUUUUGGCUCAAAGUAAAUAUGAAGUCUACAGAGACAUCAUGGCCUGUGGCAGAGGAGAUUCAUUCUUCAUCAGGAGCCACUUUGAGUGUGAAAAAGAGUCACCACAGAGCCUAGCAUUCACGAGAGGGGAGAUCUUUAGAGUAGUUGAUACACUGUAUGAUGGCAAACUGGGAAACUGGCUGGCCGUGAGAAUUGGAAAUGAACUGGAAAAGGGCCUCAUUCCAAAUAAGAGCAGAGCUGAGCAGAUGGCCAGUGUUCAAAAUGCCCCAAAAGAUGGCUCAAGCGAUAGGGCAGACUUCUGGAGAACACGUGGCCAGCGAUCUGGAGUGAAGAAGAAUCUGAGGAAGAGUCGUGAAGAUCUGACAGCUAUUGUAUCUGUGAGCACAAAAUUCCCAGCUUAUGAGCGAGUUCAGUUGCGUGAGGCUGGUUUUAAGAGACCUGUGGUGAUAUUUGGCCCAAUUGCAGAUGUCGCUAUGGAGAAGCUGUCAAAUGAUUUGCCUCACCUGUACCAGACAGCAAAGACAGAACCCAGAGACGCAGGUUCAGAGAAGUCAACUGGGGUAGUGCGCUUGAACACUGUGAGGCAAAUCAUUGAGCAGGAUAAACAUGCUCUGUUGGAUGUGACUCCUAAAGCAGUGGACCUGCUAAAUUAUACCCAGUGGUUUCCAAUUGUGGUCUUCUUUAACCCAGACAGUAAGCAGGGUGUGAAAACCAUGAGACAAAGGCUAUGUUCCACAUCUAACAAGAGCUCAAGAAAACUUUAUGAGCAGGCAAACAAACUGAAGAAAACUUGUUCCCACCUCUUUACAGCCACUAUCAAUUUGAAUUCAGCCAACGAUAGCUGGUAUGGUAGUCUGAAAGAUACAAUCCAGCAACAGCAAGGAGAAGCAGUAUGGGUAUCAGAAGGAAAGAUGGAUGGCAUGGAAGAUGAUGCAGAUGAUCGUAUGUCUUACCUUACUGCAAUGGGUGCUGACUAUUUGAGUUGUGACAGUCGGCUGAUCAGUGACCUAGAGGAUACAGAUGGAGAAGGAGGUGCAUACACUGACAAUGAACUUGAUGAGCCCUUGGAUGAACCAAGGAUUUCAUCUGUUAGCCGGUCUUCUGAACCUGUGCAUCAUGAGGAGAGUUUAAAAAAAUUUAGUCCAGAAUCAAGAGCUCAGUUGAGAAAAGCUGGUAGCAGGGAGAUCCUUAGAGAACCAAGUCCCCCUCCAGCAUUCAAGCCUGAACCACCUAAGGGAAAGUUACAAAACAAAGAGGAUCUAUAUGACUUCCCCAAGAACUAUGACUCCAAAUCAAGUAACUUUGCUGUCAGCAGUGAACCUUCAACUGUAUCAGCUAAAGCAACACCACCACCUGUUUCUGCAAAACCUGCCUUUGGGCGUCCCAUCCUGAGAAACUCUCAGCCAGCAGUCCCAACUGCAGAGGAGGAGGAGGAGGAGGAGGAGACGGAGACAAAGUUGGAAGAGGAAGGAAGUGAACAAGAAAAUACGCCAAAAUCUGUAUUGAGGAAAGUAAAAAUAUUUGAGGAGAUGGAUCAUAAGGCAAGGAUGCAAAGAAUGCAAGAGCUACAGGAGGCCCAGAACGCCAGGCUUGAAAUAGCCCAGAAGCACCCGGAUAUUUAUGCUGUCCCUGUCAAAACACAGAAGUCAGAACAGAACUGGCCCCAGCCUAUGAGCUCCAAACCUCCAGAACCCCAGAAACCUCCUAUUAGACCUUACCUAGAGAACCGUGGCAGUUAUGGCAGCGAUGCGGAGGAGGAGUACCGUCGGCAGCUAUCAGACCACUCUAAGAAGGGGUAUUACGGACAGCCAUCCAGAUACAGAGACACAGAAUUGUAG